UACUAAGAUCAAUGUAGUUGUAUAUAAAUCUAAAGCAAUAACAUGAUGAACCAAGAAAUCUCCAUAACCUAUUGUUAAGAAUAAUAAAUUACUAUUCUCAUUAAUAACAUUUAACCAGCGGGGCAAUGCAAAUAAUAAGAAACUAAAAGAUAUUAAAAAUAUGUGAUAUCCUAAACUAAAGAGAGAUCAUUUAGAUUUAUAUGGUAAAUUAAUUUUGUGUGAUGGUGUAUUCUUUUAAAAUGAUAUUUUGUAAAAGUAGUUUUCAAAAUAUUCCACAAACUAAAUUCAAUUUUUGUUGGAAGGAGUUAUUUACUUCGUUCGAGUUUUUGGUAAAUAGGUGAUACCACCUUUUUCAGUCAGAAAAUAUUCUUAAUAGAGUUUCAAGUGCAUUAUACUAAAAGAGUCUAUUGGGUUUAAUAUAAAUUUUCGAGGGUUUCAAGCCCACAUAUUAAAUAAAGUAAAAAGCCUAAAAAUGUUUGUUCAGGUUGAUGUGCUUCACAAAGUCUACUUAGGGUUUUAGCUCUCCUUCAUAACCUACGAUAUUUCUUUUUCCAAUCUAGUUUCAGACUUUUUUUGUUCUUGGAGGAAAUGUCAGCUGCAAUAUUAGGUACCGAAGAUGUUACAUCCUCGGAUAUGAUCAGUCAUUUACCCGAUGAUUUGCUCUUAGGAAUACUCUCAUUAGUUCCAAUAAGCGAGGCAAUGAAUGCAAGCUUACUCUCUAAACGAUGGAUAUCUCUGUGGAAGAUGAUGCCAGUGCUUGAGUACGUUGAAAAUUCUUGUCCGAACAUGACUUCCCAUGGAUUUCUCGAGUUUUGCCGCAGGUCGUUGCAAUUACAUGAAGCUACUGUACUCAAAACCCUAACGAUCAAACUAAAGAAACAAUCUGUUUCUCUUAUACUCCCAAGUUGUUUCCCUGAAACAGUCUUCAAAAAACUGGUCGUCCUGAAACUCCACACCAUCUUUUGUCUUGAAUUUGAUGUUUCCCCACCGGUUUGUUUCCGGUCCCUGAAAAGUCUGCACAUCACACAUGUGUGGUUCCGUUAUGAAGAAUCUUUCUGCAGACUAAUAUCGUCUUGUCCUGUUCUUGAAGAUCUCUUAAUCAAUGAAGUUAGACUUCGCGGUCGCCAAAGACUCGAGAUAACAAAUUCUCCUUCUUUGAAGUACUUAAAGAUCAAAGAUUUCUCUGGUGAUAUCAUAUUUACUGAGGAUAUGCCUAAUCUGGUGGAGGCUACCCUUAAAGUUGAUCAACGUCCUAAAGAUUUUCUCAGAUUUCUUACUUCAGUCGAGUUUCUUUCGAUACCUUUAUAUGCUAAGGAGCGGCUUCUUCAUCUAGACCUAUGUAUUUACGGCAAAGUUCCCCGUAAUGUGCUUUUGCAUUUGCUCAAACAUUCCCCUAAACUACAAGUCCUCAAGCUUCAGGAGAUAGAUCAUUAUUUGACUAUAGAGCGUACUACAUCAGAUCCACCACCUUCAGUCUGUAACCCGAGUUCUGUUCCUGAAUGCUUGUCCUUCCAUCUACGAACUUUUCAAUGGAUAUGCUACGGUGGAACAUUGGAAGAGAAAGAAAUCGUUCGUUACAUCCUGCGGAACGCUCGUUGUUUAAAAACCGCUGCGAUCUAUGCAUAUUCAAGAGAUCGUCGAUGCAGGAGGAAAGAACGACUGAUGAUGAAGGAGUUGAAAUCUAUGCCUAAGGCUUCCACUUCAUAUAAGGAGAUCAUGGAAAAGGCCAUAAAAGAGGCAAGGUCAUGGGAAAAUGCUCAAGUUUCUGUACCGACCACUCCUCUCAUGCGGUUCCCACCAAAACCCCGAUCCAUCAAAUCAUCAGGUCACCUCUUCAAACCCCGAUACAUAAAGAACUAGUUCAAACAACAAUAGCAAUUGAUUUACACCGUUGGAUAUUUUGAUUAAAGAAAAGAAAUGAGCACCUAAUAAUGAAAGUGAAAAUAUAUAUUGCUGCAUAAGAUGAGUUAACUAAAAUUAUUUUUGUAAAGAAUUAAUUAUGAUCAA